AAAGACACAAUAAACCCUAAAUAAUAUUUACCCCUUUUAGUAGCUGCCUCUCUUUUCUUCUUCCGAUUCUCCUUCCGCCGCGACUGAGUUAUAAUCAUGAGAGGAGUUAAACGCGCCGCCGUCUCCGAAUCAAACGAAUCUUCCUUUAAGAAUGCAAAACCAGUGGAAGGAAUCUUAUUUGGUAACCAGAAGAAUCUAGCACUGAUCCAACAGAGUCUAUUAACACCAGCAUCAUUGGAUAAACAGAGAGCUGAGUUAGCUAGGAAGCAUGUGAGAGCUCUUAAUAACCAAUUUGUAAGUUGGGUGCAGUUACAGCUGAAGAAUCAUCCUGAUGAACUUUGGGAAGAUGGGAUGAAUGACUAUAUUGCUCAUGCGUCAAACAUUCUGGAAAAGUUUAAGGAUGUGGUCAACUGGCUAAAAGAAAAUAAGGGAAAGGGGGAGAAUGUAUCCCCUGAAUCUCGUGGAGCAGAGAAGAAAUUAGUGGCUGAAGUCAAGAAUAGUGAUGUUAAGUCAGUUUCAAAUAAUAGCCUAUUUGGUUCAAACAGUCAACCUGGGCACUUCUCAAACAAUCAAUCUUCCAAUUUUUCCAGUAGUCACUCUGGUUUCUUUUCAAGCCAACCUGGAGCAUUCUCCAGCAGUCCUUCUGGUUUAACAUCUAAUAGCCAGACUGGAUCUUUUAGCAGUGGCCAGUUUGGUACAAAAAGCAGCCAACCUGGAGCAUUCUCCAACAAUCCUUCUGGUUUAACAUCUAAUAGCCAGACUGGAUCUUUUAGCAGUGGCCAGUUUGGUUUAAAAAGCAGCCAACCAAUUCUAUCUUCCGGCAGUCAAGCAGGAGCAAUAUCUAAUAGCCAACCUUCUUAUCAAUUUUCUAAUAAUCAACCCCCUUUUACAUCUGGAGUAACUCCAGUGUCCAUACCGGCAAAGCGGGAUUCCACAGAUGAUGCGGACGAAGAUGAACAACCUCAACCGAGCAGCCCAUCUGUCAAAAAGGCUGAAGAAAAGGGUGUUACUGUGGUUCAUGAAGUCAAAUGCAAACUUUAUGUCAAGUCAAAUGACCCAACGGAUAUAGGGUGGAAAGAUAAAGGAACUGGGAAUCUCUACAUAAAAUGCAAAGAAGGCGUCGACAAGGGGACAAAAGAAUCAAAACCCACAAUUCUUGUCCGAAACGAUGUUGGAAAACUGCUUCUGAAUGCAUUACUGUACACGGGAAUCAAGACGAGCCCACAGAAGAACGCCCUUGUUGCAAUAUUCCACUCCUCGGAGGAUUCCAACGAGAAUGUAACACCGAGAACCUUUCUUAUAAGAACAAAGACGGCAGAUGCUAGAGAUAAGUUAGCAACGGCCAUCCAAGAAUAUGCCCCUUCUUCAUAGAUUGCCCAAAACCAGGUUGAGAUCUUCUUUGUAAUAUUAGGAAGGCUCUUAAGAUUAACGUAAAGCUUGAUAAAGGGCACAAAAAUGUUGUAUGGUUGAGAGAGGGAGAGAGAGAGAGAGAGAGAGAGAGAGAGAGAGAGAGAGAGAGAGAGAGGGCCAAAGGUGGUACUUCUUAGCUUAUAGAGAAUGUUGUGCCAAUCUUCUUUGUAACUUAUAAAAACCAAACAAUAAAAUCACUUUAUUUUAUGACAA